UAGACCAAAUGGGGAAAAUUCUUUCAACGCAAGCAUUCAUGCACCGAACGAUUGGGCAGACGAAUCAGAAUACCUCCAUCCAAAUUCUAAAGAUUACGCUAAACCUAUUAACGAUAUCAAUGACCACAAACAACCUGAUAGAAUGGACCUUCUAAUGAUUAAACUAGACGCAGUCUCAACACAAUUAGGUCAUCUUCAUGAAGAUCUACAAUUCACCAAUGAAAGAGUUUCUACUAUAGAAUCCCUUCUUAAAAUAUAUUCGACUUCUCCAAAACAAGCUGCCAUCAUCAAUGCUCAACCUACAGGCGAAAAUAUGGAAGAAGAAGAAUACAUUGUACGACCUGGACAACUACAUGACAGUCGUCAUAUUCCGGUCGCCAUGUUAGAAAAACCUAAAGAUUUUUAUGAU